CAUAAAGGAUGUGUGUGAUUGGUUCGUUGCCGUCUCCGUUGCAGUUUUCCCGCAACAAACAAGUGUGGAAGUCAGUAGUAGCACGUUAUUUGCAGAGAAAAUGCCGAAACGAGCUUGUCCUUUUCCGGAAACCUUCUCCUCUCAAUACAAAAUACACGUCGGACAACAGGAGCUGAAUAAUUAUGGCGUAUUUGGGAACAAAUACAGGCAAGAAAUAUACGCAAAGACGAAGAACUUGCUCUUCAGCGGUGCCAAGGCUGUGAUGGGCACACUAUGGACCGGAGAGGAGAGGUCCACUGGACAAGCGGACACUCGUGCAUGCAGCCAGUCUCUGCUGAGAGGACAGACAUUGAUCGGACACGAUGGGAGACUGAAGAGAGCAAACGCUGGACAAGGUUCACCAGUGGCUCUCACAUGUUGCUGUGUGUGUCAGAAAAGCCAGGGCUGCAGGACGCCAUGCUCCCAAUGCGACCGCCUAGCCUGUCCCUCCUGCACACGUCAGUGCUCCUGCUGCUCCAGCCUCUGCUGCUCCGUCUGCACCAUCAUAGAUUACAGCGGGCAAUACGAUGAAGUACUGUGCUGCAGUUGCUCGACGUAAAGGAGGACCAACGGAGGCAUCAGGAGUUUAUGCUUCAACAUAAUAGUUGCCUCGCAUGAUAUUUCUAAGACUGCAUUUUAUACCUGUGAUUUUUUUAUUUUUUUUUAUUUAUUUUUUUUUAAAUGUAAUUUGUGUGUGUGUGUUGCAUUCCUAAAGUAACUGAAAUAAACUUCAACGCUUUUAUAUACAGUUGAAUGUUGUCAUCCAUUCAGUGCAUCUUUAAUACAGUCACAGUAUGUAUUUUGAUUAAUUAAAGGGGCAGAGUAAUGGUUGAAUAAAUGAAUAAUAGGCUGUUGAAUAAUGCAGGAAUCGAAAUUGGAUUGUCUGAACAGAAAUCGGCCAAUUAGCUAAAAGGUUUGCUAACUGUCUUCAUGCGUUGUAGAUGCAUCAGCAGGUGGCAGCACAGUUCAAGGUCUCUGCUGUGAGAGUUCCUUUCAGACUGGGCCACGUUCAGCAUCGUACUCUGCGUCCUCGCUGGAGGAACACAUUUGUCUCCGUAUGCUAAAGAAGCACAUUUUCAGCCUUGUAGCUGAAAUAUGGAAGUUUUGUAUUGGCAAUGAAAACACAAUUCCAAUCCAGCCUCUCUGGACUGACCUUGAGGAUCUGCUAUCAAAUAUAUUUAUUGAAACAAGAAGACCCAGAGGUUGAGCAGAACCAGGGCUUUGCUGCAGACCGUUUGGCUGCAAUUAUUCCUCCUGGACAUGACCUUGCAGCGCAGUCAUCACUUUCUCUUGGCUGAGGCUCGUCACUGAUGAUGACUGGUUUCAGGGUCAGGCAUUAUACACUGAGUAAUUGUUCUUGGUGGCAGAAGUCCUGAACACCGCCUCUAUAGAAAUCAAUCACGUGAGAUGGUGUUGGGAUAUUGGCUUGGAUGAGUGCACUUCCUGGAACUCAUUGCAAGUGUGCCUCGGAGCUGUUGAGUCACAUCCCCCUGCUCAGCAGGCCAGUUGUGGCUCCGGUCUUUGGGGAGCUCUGCAGUUGGUGUUCGAGGGCACCGCUUGAUUUCCGGCUGAAUGAACAGACAGC